UGGUUACCUGAUGCCAUGGAGGGGCCUACUCGUAUUUCGGCUCUUAUACAUGCUGCUACUAUGGUAGCGGUGGGGAUUUUUCUUGUAGCUCGACUUCUUCCUCUUUUCAGAGUUAUACCUUACAUAAUGUAUUUGAUCUCGAUUAUUGGAAUAAUAACAGUAUUAUUAGGAGCUACGUUAGCUCUUGCUCAAAAAGACAUUAAGAGAGGUUUAGCCUAUUCUACAAUGUCUCAAUUGGGUUAUAUGAUGUUAGCUCUAGGUAUGGGGUCUUAUCGAAGCGCUUUAUUUCAUUUGAUUACUCAUUUGAUUACUCAUGCUUAUUUCAAAGCAUUAUUAUUUUUAGGAUCCGGAUCCAUUAUUCAUUUAAUGGAAACUAUUGUUGGAUAUUCUCCAGCUAAAAGCCGGAAUAUGGGUCUUAUGGGAGGUUUAAGAAAACAUGUAUCAAUUACCAAAAUUACAUUUUUAUUAGGUACACUUUCUCUGUGUGGUAUUCCACCUUUUGCUUGUUUUUGGUCCAAAGAUGAAAUUCUUAAUGAUAGUUGGUUGUAUUCGUCAAUUUUCGCAAUAAUAGCUUGGGCCACGGUGAGAUUAACCGCAUUUUAUAUGUUUUGGAUCUAUUUACUUACUUUUGAAGGGCAUUUAAACGUUCAUUUUCAAAAUUAUGGUGGGAAACACAAAACCCCUUUCUAUUCAAUAUCUCUAUGGGGUAAAAACGGAAUUAAGAAAAACUCUUGUUUAUUAACAAUGAAUAAUAAUGAAAGUACAUAUUUUUUUUCAAAGACUAAAUAUCCAAUUGAUAAAAAUGAAAGAAAGAUGACACGACCUUUACCUUUUAUGACUAUUGCUCAUUUUGAGCAUAAAGUGGUUUAUUCCUAUCCUUAUGAAUCGGACAAUACUAUGCUAUUCCCAAUAUUUGUAUUAGGACUCUUCACUUUGUUUGUUGGAUCGAUAUGAAUUCCUUUCAACCAA